AUGCUGACGCACGUGGACUGUGUAUCUCAAAACUAUUGCUGCAAUUACCCAGGAGCUGAUCCGAAAGCUGUGUCGCCUACGGGUGGUUCAGAAGUAUACAAACAGGACAAAAGGCCCAGCAUAGAUUCCGGGUGCAGUUGUGAGUUGGAUAGUCACCCAUUCACUGACACAGAACAGACACUGUCCAGAAAGGCCGUAGAGAUACUGCACAUGCUAGGAGUAGACAAGCCAGAGGGCACG